AUGUCUGUUUUCGUUUCAGGUGCCACUGGUUUCAUUGCCCAGCACAUUAUUGGCCAAUUACUAGAGCAAAAUUAUAAGGUCAUUGGUACUGCUAGAUCGCAGGCAAAAAUUGACAAGUUACUGAAGCAAUUUGGUAACAAGCCGGGCUUUACCAUGGAAAUUGUAAACGAUAUAUCUGAAUUAGAGGCUUUUGACGCUGUCUUUAAGAAGCAUGGUAAGGAUGUUAAAUAUGUUCUUCAUACAGCUUCUCCGUUCCAUUUCGAAUCCACCAAUAUCGAAAAGGACCUUCUACUUCCAGCUGUCAAUGGUACCAAGGGUAUUUUGGAGAGUAUCAAGAAAUAUGCUGCUGAUUCUGUUGAACGUGUUGUCAUUACUUCAUCUUAUGCAGCCAUUAUGGACUUUAAAGUUGAAAAUGAUGUUAAUACCGUCAGAACUGAAGCUGACUGGAAUCCAGAUACAUGGGAAUCUUGUCAAGCAAAUGCUCACACCGGUUACUGUGGUUCCAAAAAGUUUGCUGAAAAAACCGCAUGGGAAUUCUUAGAAGCCAACAAGAAUGAAGUCAAGUUCAAGUUAGCAACUGUUAAUCCCGUUUUUGUUUUCGGUCCACAAUACUUUGAUGAGGACGUCUCAACCAAACUAAACACUUCAUGCGAAUAUGUUAAUCAGCUUGUUCAUGCCAAGGCAGAUGACCCUAUCCUGCCAGUAUGUGGUGGGUUCAUUGAUGUACGUGAUGUUGCUAAGGCUCAUAUCUUGGCUAUGCAAAAGGAGGAGUUAAUUGGUCAAAGAUUACUAAUGACUGGAGGUAAAUUCAACUUCCAAGAUAUUGUCGACAUCUUAAAUGAGGAUUUCCCAGCCUUACAAGGUAACAUUCCAGUUGGUAAACCACACACUGGUGCUCAACACAAACAAAUUGGUGCCAAAGUAGACAACUCCAAAACUAAGAGUUUGUUAGGCUUCGAGUUUAGAACCUUAAAAGAGGUUAUUGAUGACACAGCCGCUCAAAUCUUGAAGCAUGAAGGUAAGUUAUGA